AACGAUCAAACAAUCAGGCAUAGUGAAAUAAAAUGGUUUCAUAUUAAAUGUGAGAUUACCAAGGUUGGUAUUUAUUUAGAAAUAUACAUUAUCAUCAAACGCAAUAAAACCUCAGAUAAGCUGCCGUCUUCUGGAGAAGUGUUCAAAUACUUGGAUUGUUAGAACGACUUUACAUUUACGACAGUGAUAUAUUUAUAAAAUUUACGCAAUUAAAUAAAAAGAAUGAAACCUACAAGUGAAAGUGAUACUAAAAUGGAAUUCGAAAGUGUUUUGUAUGGUGAAAUAGGUCAUUUCGGAAAAUAUCAAAUAAUCAAUAUUUUACUGCUAGCACUACCUGCGAUUGUAUCCGGAUUUAUGGCUGGCGAGUAUAUAUUUUCGGCAUCAAGACUUCCACAUCGAUGUUUAAUACCAGAAUGCGAUGGAGACUCGCCUGAAUUUAGACCAACUUGGAUAUAUGACGCUAUUCCAAGUACAUCUUCAGGAUUUGACGAAUGCCAGCGUUUUGCUAUUAACUUAACAUUUCAAGAAGAGCUCCCUGUUGAAGCAUUCUGUCACAGAAAUAUUUUUAAUCGUAAUGUGACAUUAUCGUGUGAUAAAUAUGUUUACCUUAGAACUAAUUCUGUUGUGUAUGAUUUUAAUCUUGAAUGUGAAGAGUGGCUUAGAGCUCUGGCAGGUACGCUCAAUAGCAUGGGAGCCAUGAUUGCACUGCCCCUUGCUGGAUUUAUAUCAGAUCGCUAUGGACGACGAGCCUCAAUAAUGUUUUUCUCUUUCAAUUUAGCACUAGUAGGAUUUGUACGAUCUUUUUCUAUUAACUACGCAAUGUAUGCAGCUCUACAAUUUAUGCAAACGGCCAUUGGUGGAGGAACUUUCAGCGCUGCUUACAUAUUAGCAACAGAAAUAGUUGGACCUAAAUUCCGCGUAAUAACGAGUGCAACAAUGUCUUCAAUGUUUGCUCUAGGUCAGGUUUUACUGGGUGUUAUAGCAUCACAAAUUUACGAAUGGCGACGUCUCAGUUUAGUUCUAUUCACUCCAGCUUUUCUCUUAGUCGCUUAUAAAUGGCUCGUCACUGAAAGUCCACGGUGGCUUCUUACUAAAAAUAGACAAGACCAAGCGAAAACAACUGUAAACCAAGCAGCUACACUUAAUGGAAGAAAUAUUUCUGAUAAAACAAUGAGUUAUUUGAUUCAUGCUAUACCAGAGCAAAUACAGUUAAGCACAAAAAAUAAGAACGUGGACAAUCUUUUCAUGAAGGUAUUUAAAUCGCCUACAAUGUUACGUAGAUGUUGCACGACACCCGUUUUAUGGAUAACUACCACAUUUAUUUACUAUGGCUUAUCAAUCAACUCUGUUAGUUUAUCUGGUAACAUGUAUUGGAAUUACAUAGCUAUCGCUGCAAUUGAAAUUCCAGGAUUCUGGACUGCAGUCUUGGUAUUAAAUAGAAUAGGUCGUAAAACAACCCUAUUUAUGGGAUACACAGCAUGUGGAAUCUGUUGCGUAGGAUUCGCUUUCACUCCAAAGGGCAUGUAUGCAUUGUCAUUAAUUUUGUUUUUAGCCGGAAAGUAUUUUAUAGGUUUGGUAAUGACUUCUCUCUACCUGUAUACUGCAGAAUUGUAUCCGACUAGACAUCGGCACUCAUUCUUAGGGUUUUCCUCUAUGUUGGGGCGCAUUGGCUCUGUAAUUUCACCGCUGACGCCACCAUUAAUGGACUAUUGGAGUGGGAUCCCAUCAAUGAUGUUUGGAAGUAUGGCAGUUAUAUCUGCCCUACUAGUCCUCACUCAACCAGAAACGUUAAAAAUGAAAGUUCCGGACACAUUUGAAGAUGCUGAACAACUGGGAAAAUGUAAGGGCUGAAAAUUACGUCAAAUUUUUAAAAUAAAAAAUAAAUUUAUCGUUUUUAACUGGU